AUUGUGCUAUCAGGGCUUAGAAGGGUCCACGGAACUUGUCAGAGGUUCAGUGGCAGUUCCUCUUUGCACUAGCUACCUUUCUCUCCUUACAAGGAUAGAGAAGAAGCAGCUUACAUGCCAACUACUUUACACAGUGUCUGUUGUAAUUCCCUGUAUUCUGGGGAAUGUUAGUUACUUUCCUGAGGCAGGCAAUUAGUGAGCACGGUAUGGAUGCCACAACCAGAAAUCCCUGGCCUCUGGCAGUGGAAGGAAGGAAAUCACAAGUACUGAUGGUGAGUUCUGACAUUGUAUGGACAGAAGGGAAAUGGGAAACUGUCACCUUUGUUGCAAGUGAAACUUCACAAUGAUAGGUAAUAGACAUUUUCAAUGCAAGUAACAUAUGUGAUGUUUAAAGAACGGAAUACAUAGUCAUUUCUUCAAAAUGUUAGGUCUUCAAGUGACAAGGGCUCUUUGGUGAAUGGGAUCACUGAUCCACAUGCAGGAAGACUUAAAUAAUCUAGACAUGCUGUCAAUUCUACAGAAAAGCAUUGAUAUGUUAAUGUCUUCUGAUAAAGAAGAGGACCCAGAUGUUAUUUCUGAAGAUAGCAGUCUGCUAACUCUUCGAAUUAGAAAGAAGGCCUUAGAGAGGAGAGAAGAAACAAUUAUUGUGGAUCGAGCUUGCAGACAAGAAACUCUUGCCUAUGAGAUGGAGUCACAUGCAAUUGGAAAGAGGCCAGACAAUCCAACAGAUAUAGUCGAGGAAGGAGAACUACUUUUAACUCUGAACAUCUUCUAUCCUGUUAUAUUUCAGAAGCAUAAAGAUCACAAACCCUAUCAAACAGUCCUUGUACUGGGCAGCCAGAACCUCACUGAGCUGAGAGACUCGAUUUCUUGUGUCAGUGACCUCCAGAUAGGUGGUGAGUUCAGUAGUCAGCCAGACCAAGCACCAGAACACAUCAGCAAGGAUCUCUACAAAUCUGCUUUCUUCUAUUUUGAAGGCAUCUUCUAUAAUGAUAGAAGAUACCCAGAGUGCAGAGAUCUGAGCAGAACAGUUAUAGAGUGGUCAGAAUCUCAUGACAGAGGCUAUGGAAAUCUUCAGUCUGUUAAAAUGGAGGACUAUGUAUUUAAUGAUGUGUCCCUUAAAAUUGGCUUUCCAUACCUUUUCUGCCACCAAGGGAACUGUGAGCACAUCAUUAUAAUCACAGAUAUAAGGCUCAUUCAUCACAAUGACUGUCUGGACAGGAACCUAUAUCCCUUGCUAAUCAAGAAACACUGGCUAUGUACCAGAAAAUGCUUUGUGUGCAAAAUGUACACAGCAAGGUGGGUAACCAACAGAGACAGUCUGGCACCAGAGGAUCCUUGUUUCUUCUGUGAUGUUUGUUUUCGGAUGCUCCAUUAUGAUGCAGAAGGCAAUAAACUGGGGGAGUUUCUUGCAUAUCCUUAUGUUGAUCCUGGGAUUUUCAACUGAAACUGCCAUGUGCCAGAGUGAAUUCAGUGAAAACUACAUUGUUGAAUCUGUUGCUCUGGCUGUUAAAACCACUGGAGAGCUUGAGUUUUGAGCAUACUGCUGGGUUUUGGGUUAGGUUUGUAACCCUCUGCCCUGAGGUGGAAGGAGCCCUUUGCACUUGAAGUCUUUCUGUUAUGCUUUCUAAGUAUGAUUGUAAAAGCUAAGUUAGCAUGGAAAAAUAUAAUACACUUUUACAACAUUACAGCGGUUUGGAGACUAUGGACUAAAAAUACAGAUGUUUAAGAAGAGAACGCCUGGCAAAAGAGCCAUGAUUUUGAGGAGUUCUGUGCAUCCAAGGAUCUGUAAACCUCCCAGGAUGAGAACAUGGACAUCUUACCUUGAAAACUCAUCAUCUAUGAAUAGGGGUGCAGGGCACUGAAUUUGUAGGGAGGAGAAUGCUUUCUGAGAAAGCAGCUCAGAAUUACGGUUAAAUUCUUGGAUCUUGCCUGCAAAUGGGGGUGCUUCCAAUCUGUAAGCUACUGCUGUCCAUGGUUUGUGACUCUGAGGACUCAUUCUGUGAAGAAUAAACUACAUUUCACUGAUUAAUGAACUGUAGCCUGCCUUUCAAAUAAUUUUGUUAACUGUUUGCAGUGCACAGUGUUCACUGUGCACUUUUUUUGAAGUAUUCUGUUACUGUAAGUAAUGAUGUUUUUUAUUAAAAUGUGACCAAUUUGUACUUCCUGUAGUCUGAUGUUAAACUGAAGCUCUGUCAAGACAGAAUGUACUUUUUUUUAAAGUCUUCUGGAGUUAAGAGGAUUAUUACUGGAGUUCUUUGCAGUUUAGGAAAGUUUGUAGUGCUAACUGCUUUUCUUUUGAAAACCUCAGCUAAUUCUCAUUAGUGUAAAGACAGCCUACUCUGACAAUCUGCAUACAGCAAAAUGACAAACUGAAUUCUGUUCAGGUCCUGUAGCUGCAGAUUCUUCCAGAGCUUACUUGAUUAUCUUAGAUGUCCUGAAACAAAGGUAUCUUGAGCAUUUGCAGGACUCCAGUGAUCACUCAUAUACCUGUCUGCUUUCUGGUGGUGUAUUAGGUCACAUGAAUAUAAAUCUGUGCUUUUUUUAGGAACAAAAGAAAAAAGGUUAGUUUUUUUUUUCUGCUUGUAAGCCAGCCAGCUGUUGUAUUUUAGUAAAUCAAGCACUGAUAACAGCAGAUGGUGAUAGUUCUUUUAUCCUACAGGAAUCUGCAAAAAACGGAGUGCCUUGCCCACCACAACUGUUGCAAGUCCAGCUGCUGGGACUAGACUGCUUUGUGGUGCUGAUGUUUAAAAAGCCCCCGCAACACAGCUCUGGUUGCAACUGCAGCUGCAGUAUUUGCCUCCUCUUUCCAGUCCUCUUCAGUAUUGGAUCUCGGAUCAUAAAGACAGCUGGCAUAAUUUCUAAAUAUAUUGUUUGCUUGUUUGAUGGCUUCUUAUGCUGAGUUCAGCAUAAGUUCUAUGCAGUCAGGUUUUUGUCUGGGGGUUUCUUCCUUUAGCUGUAGGCAAAAGGGAGUGGCCAAAAUGUGAGUUUAUUCUUUCAUUAAAAUAAUUUGCCUCAGUAUGCUCUCUCACCCAACCCACUUACCUUCUUUCCAUUAAAAAAGUUGCUGUCAAAUCUAUUUCAAAAUUGGUGUCCCUGCAAAUUAAGAAAUUUUAGAGGGCCAGUGCCAUACUUCCAGUCAGGCAGAGAGAAGCUGGCCACACUCUGGGUGUGGGAGUUAGGAGCAUUCAGUGCUUAACUACAAAACAGAGAACUCUUAUUAGAAGCUCGCUGUUUGUGUGACCUGGUCCUACUUCAUAUUUAAUGAUUUAAUUUAAAUAACAAAGGAAACAAAAAGGUUACGUGAAGUCACAGUUUUUAAAGAUACUUCCCAGAAGCUGUCACAGGACAACUGGGUCUGGUCUUGAUUUGACAUGUCUUUCUGAAUUAGUCCUCUAAGUGAAAUCCAGCACAGCACUCAGUGUCUGUAACUAAAUUUUUAUGACACCAGCUGGGUAUUUGUGUUUUAGCAACUUGUUAAAUGCUGUGAGUUUUUUGGUGAUCAGAACUUCAAAGCAGCUUUAUUAGUUCAUGAUGUAAAAUGAGAAAGUUUUUUUUUUUAUAAUCCCUCCUCUGUGUGUUUAGUAGUUUAAUCUCAAAAGCAUUAACCUGAACUUGUGGGUGGCUUUUUGCUUUGAUCUUUUUUAAACAUUUGGUUAUUAGGCAGCACGAACCUCUUCAAGUUAUUUCAAACUUCCCAAAGGUCUUGGAGAUUCUUUCCCUCAUCAAAGUUUUUGCCUUGCUGACAAGAUGGUGAUACAAAACUCUGUUUCUUAUACUGAGGAAGAGGAGAUGUUCCUUUGAUUUACUGCUGCUGUGAAGUUCCAAAACAAAAUGUGACUCAUAUAUACAGUGUCACUUCCCAGUGGUAAUCUGGCACUUACAAUGUUACUCCAAAAGCCCCAUGUACUUGAAUGAUGAGCAACUCAGUAGGGUUGCACAGUAUUUUAAGCUGUAGUGAACUUGAUUCUUGAAGUAAGGAUGCUGCUGUCACAGCUAACUUUGCUUUAAAUUUUGUGCAUAGCUGUGAUUUCUUUCUUCAGAAAGAAUCAGCCUUAUUCCUUGUGAAACUUAAGUUUGACUGCCUAGUCGGUCUCAACUCUCAUAAAUUAUAUUUGUAUCUUUCAAGAGACACAGUUCAAAGACACUCAGGCAUCUUGGAAGGUGAUUUGACCUUCCAAGUCAGUCAGUCAGAGUCAGUCAGAUUUUGUGAAUUUAGGUUAGUUCUGGUUUGUAAACAGGCAGUAAAUUCAGACAGUAAAAGCCCAAGCAGCUGCAUGGACAGAGUAUGACACAAUCAGGAGCUUCAUCUUUGCAUCCAUCUCAACUGAAGCAGCAGCAUGGGGACCCAUUAUCUCUGAAACAGAUGUGACAGAUGUGUUAGCUCUAAAACACUUGUGUGAAAAUUAGGUGGAUUUGGCAUCCUUUUCAAUAACACAGUACCUCUUUUUUUUUUGGUAUAAGGGGCUUGAUACAAAGGGAUGGUCAAAAUUGAAAAGUGCUUAUGUGAGGAUUUCCAUUAACAUCUUUACAAAAACAGGUUCAAGGGUUACAGUGAAAGUUGUUUUAGUUUCUUAAGGUUUCAAUAAAAUACACCUCGUGACUAAUGUG